AUGUUCUUCCGCCUCUCACACACUACCUCCCACAUACCGCAUCACGCAGACCAUCUCCCGCAAACCUGCUUCUUGUGCUACACGGAAAGCCUAUCAUUCACAAUCGACAGCUUGUUCAACAACACCAGCCUGUCCGACGUGCUCCUCCGGGUCCACGACGCGGAGGGCAACGUUGGUGAAUACCCCGCUCACCGCAACGUCCUCGCCACCCACUCCGAGUUCAUCGAGAAGGCCUGCUUGGGCGGCUUCAUGGAAGCAAACAAUAAGACCAUGGACUUACAGGAUGAGGACCCCAAAUACUUUGAAAUCGCACUAAAGUGGAUGUACACUGGGGGGGACUACGAGACGCCGGAUGGCAUGAUUGGCGUGGCGCAGCUUCUCUUCCAUAUUCACGUUCACCGUGUUGCAGACAAGUUCCUCAUGCCGGAACUACAGGAAAUCUGCGCGCAAGCCUUCACGAAGACGGCCAUCACACUAUUGGGAGAUGCGACCCGACUCCGCACCAGCCGUAAUGCAGUCUUGAGUGGCGAGAUUGUACAGAAAGCCAAAGAUUACGCAUCGGCAAUGCUCCCCGCAAUCGACUUGUUCUACUCCAAUAACGUCAACGCUCAAAGCUCGCUCGGUAGAGCAGUAGCGGUAGGCGCGUUGCAGGUCAAGUGGGAGAAGACGCCGGACUUGCUCUCGAUGAUGUUGAUAGCGCAUCCUAUAUUCACUCAGGACUGGGCGAUGGCGAUUAUCAUGGGACCGUUCGACAUUCGCUAG